AUCCAAGCCCUUCAUUAAGCGGGUGCGACGGGAUUGUUGUUCUUACCCAAAAAUAAAUCUGGUCCAGGUGGACCACUAUAUUAGAAACAGGUGAUGGGUUAGAAAACUUCAGCCUAGUUUUUAUCAGCCAUAAAUUUGUAUCGUGAACUAUUGCCCGCCUGACUAGUAGACUGACCUGAUGCUUGGCCCAGGGCAUCUAUGUAGAGGUAGCCCUCUGAUGGGUUGAUUGUAUCUCAUUCCUGUUUGCAUGCUGGUACACCAGGCGUGUACAUGGGCUACCUUUAACAUGUGUGUGGGCUUAGCAAAGCUCUUUCACUAAUGCCUUGUCAUGAUGUAGGUAUGGUGUAUGCAAUUGACAUAAACAAGGGCCGCCUAAGAAUUCUUGAAGAGACAGCCAAGUCACACAAUGUCAAUGAUGUCAUCACUAUUGUGCAUGCUGACCUUCGUAUUUUUUCUGAAAAGAUAUCCAAGAAGUUUGAUAAAGUUUUGUUGGAUGCUCCUUGUUCUGGAUUGGGUGUCCUCUCCAAGAUUAGUGAAGCCUGGAGGGACACCAGUGUACAGUACUUGUUCUAUUGAUCCUGAAGAGAAUGAGGAGAGAGUGGCUGCCUUUCUCCUCAAGCAUCCGGAGUUCACUAUAGAUCUUGCUGAUAGGUACAUCCCACCUGAUCUUGUUACGGACAAAGGGUUCUUCUUCUCCAGCCCAGUCAAACAUCAUCUUGAUGGAUCAUUUGCGGCCCGCCUGGUCCAAUCUGUAGACCACAAGAUGAACCCUGGAUAGCAAGCAAAACGUGAACCUCUCCUCUUUAAUCAAGACAAGGUAGGGCCAUGAUUGGAUACAAUUAUCCAACAAGAAACUUUUCUCUUGUAACUCAUGUUGUCAAAAUCGUUAUCAUAUUGCAAAUCGUAAUUGGGGUUGAA